CACGUGCAAAGUAAAUUCGCCGCCAUUUUAGAGGGUUUUGUUUCGCAGAGGAGUAUUUUUUUAUUGAGGAUAAAAUGGCAGACAAAGGUAGUGAUUCAGGAGAGGAAGAAGAUCCAACCAUUGCUGAAGAUGUUGUUGUUACGAAGUACAAAAUGGCUGGCGAUAUGGCAAACCGUGUUCUCAGGAAGAUCAUAGAUGCCGCUACUGUUGGAACUACUGCUCGAACAUUAUGUCAAAUGGGAGAUGACCUUGUUUUGGAGGAAACAAGCAAGGUUUUUAAAAAAGAAAAAGAACUUAAGAAAGGUAUUGCCUUUCCAACAUGCAUCUCAGUAAACCACAUUGUCUGCCAUUUUUCACCCCUUAUGAGUGAGUCUGACAUAACCAUUGGUGAUGGUGAUAUGGUGAAAAUAGACCUUGGUGUUCACAUUGAUGGAUAUAUUGCAGUUGUAGGACAUACAAUUGUUGUUGGUGCUUCCAAGGACAACAAAGUAACUGGCAAAAAGGCUGAUGUUCUUCUAGCGGCAUAUUUAGCAUCUGAAGGGGCACAGAGGCUUGUGAAAGCAGGUAACGAGAAUUAUACAGUCACAGAUCAAAUACAGAAAGUUGCCGAGGCCUUUCAUUGCAAGCCAGUUGAGGGAAUGUUAUCACAUCAACUGAAAAGAAACAUUAUUGAUGGUGAAAAGGCAAUUAUACAAAAUCCUACAGAACAGCAAAGGAAAGACCAUAGCAAGUGUGAAUUUUCAGUACAUGAUGUUUUCGCAGUUGAUAUCCUAAUUAGCACAGGAGAUGGUAAAACUAAGGAGAAAGACACGCGAACGACAGUGUACAAAAAAACUGAAAACAUCUAUCAGUUGAAAAUGAAGGCCUCUAGAGUUUUUUACAGUGAAGUGUGUAACAAAUUCACCACCAUGCCAUUCACUUUAAGAGCUUUUGAAGAAGAGAAAAAAGCAAAAAUGGGUGUUGUGGAAUGCUGCAACCAUCAACUUCUAGAACCUUUUAAUGUCUUGUGGGAAAAAGAAGGUCAGUUAAGAAGACAGAAUUUUAAUGUCCCAGUCAUGCUCAGAGCUCAGAAAAACCUCAGGAUUACACAAGGACCUUUUGACUCUGAACUAGUACAAUCAGAGUACUCAAUAAAAGAUCAAGAGAUCAAGGACAUACUUGCUACAUCAGCAAGUAGGAAAACUCAAAAGAAAAAGAAAAAGAAGGCUUCAACUAAAGCAUCUGAUGCAGUGGUAGCAGAAACAAAAAAUGGCAAAGACGCUGAUAACUAAACCUUGCCUGUGUAUCAUACAUGUACCUUGCUUUGUAAACUUUGCCUGUCUCCUCUAUGGCUCUGUUGCAUAGCUGAACAUGAUCUCACAAUCGUUAGCCUCCAAGUCAAGUAAAGUGUUGCUCAAGUGAAAAAAAUGUUGUUAUUCUAGUCCAAGAGUCUGUGAAGUUGCAUAUUGAAUGUCGACAUGAAGAAAACAAGUGUUGAAUAAAAUAACUUGUUUUCUUGCUGAAGAGAACUACUAAUACCUGAUGUGCAAUCAUUUUUUGUAACAUUUGUUACAUAAGAACAGAUAUUUGACACAAAAAAUUCCCUUUUAGUUGAUGUUAUUUUCAUCUUUGUGUCAUAUAAAGCAAACACAAGCUGUUCUCCAUGCAUUAAGGGUGGUUGUACACAGGCUAGGGGUAGACAAUAACCACUUGAACUGGAUGCAAGCCCAUAAAAGGGACCAACCCCUCUCCCCCCCCCCCUCUUUUGUUGCAGCGACAUAACCUAUUGCAACCUCAUUCCCAGGGUCUCUCAUCUUCCCACCUCCUGGGAACGAGGUUGAACCUAUUGUGGUUAAGCCUAACCACCUGCUUAACACUUGACAUUACUUGAUUAGUUAAACUGGCCAUCAAAAUUUUAACAACAGAAAACUUGCAGUAGGCCAUUGGCAAACAAAAAAAUAUAUAUUUUGCUGUAUAUCACCUUGUUACACAAUCACAGUAUUCUGUUAUCAAAAUUAGUUUCAAUGCAGAACGUAGGCAAAGAUCACUCUACUCUUGGUAUUCUAUGUUUGACAAGACAUAACAGCCCAAGAGGAUGCGAUGGAAAACUUCAGAAAAAAAUUGGACAAUAACAUCCUGAAGAUUGCAACUCUUGAGCUGCUAUGCAACUAGUCUUCAUUAGGCCCAGUGGCCUGACAAAGACUUGUAACAUUGUAGCAAAAGAUCACCAUCUAUACUUGGUAAUGAUAGACCUUGACUUAACACUGAGAAGCUAUGGUUUUCUCUCUCACCACAAUUUUAUCUAAUUAUCUUCAAAAAUAGGCCAGAAUUGGGUAAAAAAAAAAA